UCAUUCUCUUUCCUUUCUAUUCUUUUUCUUCUCCAACUUUUUCCCUUUUCACUCCCAAAAUUUCCAGACAAUGCAAGACCAACAACCAUUACCCACUCAUGAACCUCCCAUGAUUUCCCACCAGGUUCUCCUCUCACAAUUCACUUCUUAAACACUAUAAAGUUCUUUGCUUUUCAUUUCUGUGAGUUUGUUGUAGUAAUUGGUACUAUCUGAUUUUCAGUUUUUUUUUUUUUUUUAUGUUUGAUCUAAUUUAUAUAAAGGGUUUUCCAGUUUUAGCUUAUUAUUAAGUGUCUAGUGACUAAAGAAGCUUUUUUUUUCUUCUGAAUUUUGAUUCUGUUUCUAUAUUUAGAAUGUUGGUGUUUCAAUUGUAAGGUGUGAGGCUUAGAUUGAAUUCAAAUACCCGUGAUUUUUUGGAUUUCAAUGCUUGAAAUUCUAACUUAGUUAAGAGUGUUUUAAGGUAAUGCAUGUGCUGGAAAUUAUAACAUUGUUUUGUAGAUCUGUUGGCAGUGGCAGUGAAAGUUUCAACUAUAGUUUUAGCUUAGGAAAAGAGGGGUAAAAGCCAUGCAUGGGGUUGUUUUAUUAUGCAGGGAGAAUUUUAACCAGGAAUUUGUGACUGAGACCGGGCUAAACAAAGAAGUUGCGGAUAGUGGAGCCGGCGGGAAGCGUCCUGAUAUUUCACUUCAAGUUCCGCCUAGACCUUUAGGGUUUGGUAGCGGUAGCACGCGUGGGCGGGUUCUGGACCAUUCUCAAAGUUUCUCUAAAGUGAUAUCAUCACCGAAAGACUUUUUGCGUGCUUUGAGCUUUAAAAGAAAAGAAAAUGUAGUAGAUGGUGAAUCAAGCAGCCUCCUUAAUUCAGACCCUAAGCCAGCUGCAGACAGUACUAGGAUGGCCUCCAUAUCGGAAGUUUCAUGGUCAAGAUGUACUUCUCUUCCAGUUUCACAUGCACCUAAUCUGUCCCCUUUAGUUGCUACUCCUGUGUCCGCGAGGACAUAUAAUGAACAACAGAUUAAGCCACGUAAAGAUGUUAAAUCUAAGGUUUCAAGGUCCCUUUCAAUUCCUGCACGAAAUGUUGUUAUCGUAAGAUCCGUCUCUUUUGUUACCCGCAAUGAACAAGAACAACAAGAUACAAAUGACGAUCAAAUAACUCCUGCGCCGGUAGAAGUUACUGCCGAUGAAGAAAUUCCUGAAGAGGAAGCGGUGUGCAGAAUAUGUCUUGACGCGUGUGAUGAAAGAAAUACCUUUAAAAUGGAAUGCCGUUGCAAAGGUGGUCUAGAUUUGGUGCAUGAAGAAUGUUUAAUCAAAUGGUUCAACACAAAAGGAAACAAGAAAUGUGAUAUAUGCUUGGAAGAGGUUCAGAAUUUACCGGUAACCUUGCUCCGCAUACCCAGCUCCGUUCAACAAAGAAACAGACAGUUGCAGGAUCACCAAACCUUAAAUUCAGAGACACUAAGUGCUUGGCAAGACUUUGUGGUGCUUGUCCUGAUAAGCACAAUAUGCUAUUUUUUCUUCCUUGAACAACUACUGCUUCCUGAUUUGAAGACUCAAGCUCUCAUUUUAUCGGCACCGUUUUCCUUUACUUUGGGCCUCUUAGCAUCUGUUUUUGCAAUCGUCCUUGCGAUCAAAGAGUAUAUAUGGACAUACGCCGCUCUUGAGUUUGCACUUGUGGCUUUAACUGUGCAUCUGUUCUAUACUUAUUUCCAUUUGGCGGCCAUUUAUUCAAUACUACUUUCAUCGAUUUUGGGUUUUGGAGUUGCUAUGGGAAUCAACUAUUUGUACAUCCAGUAUGUGACAUGGAGAUUUCAGAUCUCAACUAAUGAUAAUCCAGUAUGAAUCUCCUCGGAAAGAAAACAUCUUUGCGGAUUAUCUUUGUACCUACUAUCAUAGUGUCUAGUACGAACUUUGAGUCUGUUGAUCAUAUCUGGUUUUAGACUCGUGCAAUGCACAGUGACGUUCGACUGUUAUGAGCUUAGUGCAUAACAUCAAGUGUCAAAAUGAAUGUAAAGAUAGAGUAAUUGUGCUUAAAUAGCACCGAAACAGAAUCGACAAGUUGUCGACAAGAAAAGUUAGAGCAAGUGGAUGAACUAAACCAUUCCCUGAUUUGUAUAUGCAGGAAAUCAAGAGAAACAGAUUCUUGAAGAUACUUUAUUGGCUUUUUCAGUUUCAAAUGGAAGCAAGGAGAUGUUACUUUUGCAAAAUAAAAUUGGUUUAAGCAUAAGUUUUCAAACUUUAUUCCAAAUUGGCUUUUUCAGUA